GGGAUCCAGGCGGAUGAUUAUCCAACGAGAACUCCCGGCGUGCGUCCGGGACCGUGAGAAAAAUGUUCUUUCCCACCCAAUUGAUGAGAUGCCUUGAACGUCAGUCGUGAAUCGAGUGUCCAACGUUCAACACGUCCAAGUCGAUUGACCCACCCGAGCAAUCUCAUCCAGUCCCAGCGAGUAUGUCCUGCUCCACCACCGAAAUCUUCAACCCAUUUGCCAGCUACUCCCAAAGUAAUGUGUAUUCGCCGGCUUUCUCCGACCCGCCAUCUCCCAUGUCAACCACCUCCGAUAUGGACGAGACCGAGGUGAUCAGCUCCUCCACUCCUCCGAUGACGGAAUUGAUCCCCGAGCCACCGAAACCCGAGAUCCGACACUUUGUGAAUCGGAUGCCGGCCUUUCCUACCAUCUACCAUGAGGCCUUGCAACCUUUGAGUCCAUUGACCACCCUACCAGUGCCAUCUCGAGUCAUGCCUUCGCCGUCAACCCGGGUUCAAAAAGUGGAUGAAGCCUUGCAAGCUGAGUUCCUACAGAAGUGUCUUCGCAUGAACGACUUGGCCGACUUGGAGGACUUCCUUCGUCUCCAUUCCGAGCAACUGAAUUUGAACGCCUACGACGAGUACGGCUCCACCCCUCUGCACUUGGCGUGUCUCGAGGGCAAUCUGCCCUUGGUGAAGAUCCUCAUCCAAUUUGGUGCCAAUCCUCAUCUGACCAAUCGUGAUGGUUUCUCGCUCGUCCAUUUGGCCUCGUUCAGUUACAACUCGCAACUUCUGACUUACAUCCUCGGGCUCAAGAGCUCGAAAUGAAUGAGCCACUUUAAGGAUUGCUAUUUCAAUGGACUCGUUCGCAAUACAAAUAUUCAUUCAGACAAUAAAAAUCGUAAUUAUCACUCCUG